AUGGCUUCUAUAGAGUUGACUGCCCCCAAUGGGAGGACAUACCUCCAGCCAACAGGAUUAUUCAUCAACAACGAAUGGGUGGAAUCUUCUGACGGGGGCAAAAUAGCCAGUGUCAAUCCCACCAACGAACAAGAAAUCAUCUCCGUAUACGCAGCAACGAGCAAUGAUGUUGACAGAGCCAUUCAGGCAGCGCGGAAAGCCCUCCAUCACCCAAGCUGGAGAGACUUGCCUGCGUCAGACCGCGGAAAAUGCAUGGCGCGCCUUGCCGGGUUAAUGGAGGAACACCGUGAGACGCUGGCCACGAUCGAGACGUGGGACAAUGGCAAGCCGUACUCGGUAUCCCUCAAUGAGGAUCUCACCGAGGCCAUUGAGACCUUGACGUACUACAGUGGUUUUGCGGACAAGGUAUUCGGCCAGGUGAUUGAGACGACGUCCGAAAAGUUUGCGUACACAGUCCGUGAGCCAGUGGGAGUUUGCGGCCAAAUCAUCCCCUGGAACUAUCCCCUGGCAAUGGCCGCGUGGAAGCUUGGCCCCGCCUUGGCCUGCGGCAACACAAUCGUCCUCAAGCCGGCGGAGCAAACACCACUGUCCAUCUUGUACUUUGCCAAUCUCGUAGUGGAGGCAGGGUUCCCGCCUGGUGUGAUUAACAUCGUCAACGGUCUUGGAGCUGUCGCAGGCGCAGCUCUUGCAUCCCACAUGGACGUGGAUAAGAUUGCCUUUACAGGAUCAACCGGCACUGCGAAACAAAUCAUGAAGAUGGCGAGUCACAACUUGAAGAACAUCACGCUUGAGACGGGUGGGAAAAGCCCGUUGAUCGUGUUUGAUGACGCCGACCUGGACUUGGCUGUCCACUGGGCCCACGCCGGCAUCAUGUCGAAUCAAGGCCAGGUCUGCACCGCCACAUCGAGAAUCCUAGUGCAGGACACCAUCUACGAUAAGUUCUUGGCAGCUUUCAAAAACCAGGUCAUCAAGAUCUCCAAGGUCGGCGACCCCUUUGAAGAAAGCACGUUCCAAGGGCCCCAGGUCACCAAGGCCCAAUACGACAGAAUCCUCUCCUACGUCGACAUUGGCAAGAAGGAGGGCGCAAAGCUCGAGCUCGGAGGUCAACCUCACAAGCCCGGCACCCCUGGGUACUUUAUUGAACCUACCGUGUUUACCGAAGUCAGUCCCCAGAUGAGAAUCUUCAAGGAGGAAGUGUUUGGCCCGUUUGUCGUCAUCUGCCGUUUUCAUUCCGAGGACGACGCCAUUGCCCUGGCCAAUGACUCGCACUACGGUCUUGGCAGCGCUCUGUUCUCUUCGGACCUUGCUCGUGCGCAUACCGUGGCGAAGAGAAUCGAGGCGGGCAUGGUGUGGAUCAACUCGAGCAACGAUAGCGAUUGGCGCAUUCCUUUUGGUGGUGUCAAACAAAGCGGUAUUGGGAGGGAAUUGGGGGAGGCUGGUCUUGCUGCCUACUCGAAUAUCAAAGCGAUUCAUGUCAAUCUUGCUAGACAGUCAAAAUUGUAG